GCCCGCCCGGCCCCGGGGAGGGAUGCGGCGGCGCGGUGCCCAGGAUGCCCCGCAGCCCCGGGACGCGCCUCAAACCCGCCAAGUACAUCCCGGUGGCCACGGCCGCCGCGCUGCUGGUCGGCUCCAGCACCCUGUUCUUCGUGUUCACGUGCCCAUGGUUGACAAGAGCUGUGUCUCCAGCCAUUCCUGUCUACAAUGGCAUCAUCUUCCUCUUUGUCCUGGCCAACUUCAGUAUGGCCACCUUCAUGGAUCCUGGAGUCUUUCCCCGAGCGGACGAGGACGAGGACAAGGAAGAUGACUUCCGAGCCCCACUGUACAAGAAUGUGGAUGUGCGGGGCAUCCAGGUCCGCAUGAAGUGGUGUGCAACAUGCCACUUCUACCGUCCACCACGCUGCUCGCACUGCAGUGUCUGCGACAACUGUGUAGAGGACUUUGACCAUCACUGUCCCUGGGUCAACAACUGCAUCGGGCGCCGCAACUACCGUUACUUCUUCCUGUUCCUGCUGUCACUCAGUGCGCACAUGGUGGGUGUCGUGGCCUUUGGACUAGUCUACGUGCUGAACCACUCAGAGGGGCUGGGAGCCGCCCACACCACCAUCACCAUGGCUGUCAUGUGUGUGGCUGGCCUCUUCUUCAUUCCUGUCAUUGGCCUCACUGGCUUUCAUGUGGUGCUGGUCACGCGGGGGCGUACCACCAAUGAGCAGGUGACUGGGAAGUUCCGUGGGGGUGUGAAUCCUUUCACCCGAGGCUGCUGUGGGAACGUGGAGCAUGUGCUAUGCAGCCCCCUGGCACCCCGGUACGUGGUGGAGCCCCCCAGGCUGCCACUCUCAGUGAGCCUGAAGCCACCCUUCCUCCGGCCUGAGCUCCUGGAGCGAGCCGUGCCCCUCAAGGUUAAACUCAGCGACAAUGGGCUGAAGGCUGGCCGCAGCAAGUCCAAGGGCAGCUUAGACCAGCUGGAUGAGAAACCUCUGGACCUUGGACCACCACUGCCCCCUAAGAUAGAGGCUGGCACCUUUGGAGGAGACUUGAAGACCCCAAGACCAGGCAGUGCAGAGAGUGCCCUAUCAGUGCAGAGAACCAGUCCUCCAACACCUGCCAUGUAUAAGUUCCGGCCGGCCUUCCCCACUGGUCCUAAGACACCUUUUUGUGGACCUAGUGAGCAGGUUCCAGGCCCUGACUCCCUUACUCUGGCGGAAGACAGCACCCACAGUCUAGACUUUGUGUCUGAGCCCAGCCUGGACCUCCCAGACCACGGGCCUGGUGGCCUGCACUCUGCCUACCCUCCUUCCCCUCCCCUCAGUACCACCGAUGCCUUCUCAGGUGCCUUGCGUUCCCUGAGUCUCAAGGCUGCCAGCCGGCGGGGUGGGGACCACAUGACCUUGCAGCCACUGCACUCUGAGGGUGGGCCCCCCACACCCCACCGUGGUCUUUUUGCCCCUCAUGCACUGCCCAACCGAAAUGGCAGCUUGUCCUAUGACAGUCUGCUUAAUCCUGGCUCACCCAGUGGCCACACAUGCCCCACACACCCUUCAGUGGGCAUGGCCGGCUACCACUCGCCCUACUUGCACCCUGGGGCAGCAGGAGAUCCACCACGGCCCCCACCCCGCAGUUUCAGCCCUGUACUGGGUCCCCGGCCUCGGGAACCCUCUCCUGUACGCUAUGACAACCUUUCUCGGACCAUCAUGGCCUCUAUCCAGGAGCGCAAGGACAGGGAAGAGCGUGAAAGGCUGCUGCGCUCCCAGGCUGACUCACUCUUUGGCGACUCAGGUGUCUAUGACACACCUAGCUCCUACAGCUUGCAGCAGGCCAGUGUGUUAUCCGAAGGGCCCCGUGGCUCUGUGCUGCGCUAUGGCUCUAGGGAUGACCUCAUGGCGGGGCCUGGCUUCGGUGGUGCCCGAAAUCCCGCCCUGCAGACAUCGCUGUCCUCACUGUCGAGCUCCAUGAGUCGGGCGCCGCGGACAUCUUCCUCCUCCCUGCAGGCUGACCAGGCCAACAACAAUGCCCCAGGACCCCGGCCUGGCAGUGGUUCGCACAGGUCGCCUGCACGACAGGGCCUGCCUUCCCCACCUGGCACUCCCGGCUCGCCCUCCUACACAGGCCCCAAGGCGGUGGCCUUCAUCCACACAGACCUCCCGGAACGGCCGCCCUCACUGGCUAUGCAGAGGGGGCGAAUUGGCACCUGUAGCCGUGGAUGGGGGUGGCGUGGUCCACCCAGGGGGACCCCCGGCCUGCACCUAUGCCACCUUGGCCAUCCCGAGGAUCGCCCGCCGCUGCGGGCACCCUGGAGCACGGCCGCUGGGGCGCCCCCCCGAGGGACCAUGUGUCGGCUACAUUCUGCUGCGUCCAGCCUUUUCCCAAGCCUCUCAGGGCCCUAGCAGGGCACCAGAAGACGGCUCUAAGGCCGUGAACAACCUGCUGGGGACCCAGGAGACCAGGCUGCAAUAGAGCCUUGGGUGGGGCUGGCUGUGUCCUGGGGGCAUCCCCUGUCCACCAGUCACAUCUUGACUGAUCAGCCUGCCAGGGCCCAAUGACUCUGUGUCCAAGUGACCUCAGGAAGUCCCCCUACCUGCUGCAGGGGUCCAAUGCCCCACUGGGGGUUGCCCCAGAGCUGCUGGGGACCAGCAUGACCUUCACCCCAGCCUCUCUACCCUUUCUUCCAAGCACUUUAAGCCACUUCUUCCCAGGGAGCCCAGGCCUCUGUGGGUUGGGCUGGGGUGGGGGUCUCAGGUUGUUCCUGCAGGUUACUGCACUCCCUCUACUCCACCUCCAGCACAUGAACAGAUGCCUUAAAGUCCUAGAGCUGCCAGUCAACCCACUAGUCAGCCAUGGACCUGGCCCAUCCAUCUCUGUCUCUUGCCUGCUCCAACCCCACCUGCUGGGUCAUCUACAUCCAGGGGUGAUGCCUCUAGAAGCACCCAAGCGCGGGACCUGGAUGUCCCUAGGAGCAGAUCAGGGUGGAACUCUUGCCAACCCUCUCUCCCACACAGGGACCCUGUCCUGGGGUCCACUCUGGGCAGCAGUUCUGUCUCUCCCAUUUUGAGACAAGAAAUCUACAAAGCUGUUUUCUGUUGUUCUAAAGGAUACCCCUCCCUCAAUUCCCCUAAUAAAAAUUUUGUGUUUACCUC